AUGGUGACUGUCAGAACUGUCAUUGCUGUUGCAGCAUCUAAAGGCUGGCCUCUUUUCCAAAUGGAUGUCAAUAAUGCUUUCCUACAAGGGGACUUAUGUGAAAAAGUCUACAUGCAGUUACCUCAGGGAUUCCACAGUCAGGGGGAGUCUAAAGUAUGUAGACUACUUAAAUCCCUCUAUGGCCUCAAGCAAGCCUCGAGGCAAUGGAACAUCAAUUUAACACAUACACUAUUACAAGCUGGUUUCACUCAAAGUCCUUAUGAUCAUUCACUAUUCACCAAAAGGGAUAAGGUAGAUAUUGUCAUUGUAUUGGUAUAUGUGGAUGAUCUUCUGAUAUCAGGAAGUAAUAGUAGUUUGAUUCAGGAAGCAAAGGAGACUCUACAUAGAAAUUUUAAGAUGAAAGACUUAGGUGAACUCAGAUACUUUCUGGGAAUUGAAGUGAUGAGAUCCAACAAAGGCAUUUUAUUCAAUCAGAGAAAAUAUGCCUUUCAACUGAUCUCAGAAGUUGGACUAAGUGCUUGCAAGCCAGUAUCCACGCCAAUGAAACAAAAUCACAAGCUUACUACAGUUGAAUAUGACAAGCAUGCUGGAAAUGUCAAUGAUGCAGAGUUGCAGGAAGCAGGCAGCUAUCAAAAGCUAAUUGGCAAGCUAUUGUACUUGACAACCACAAGGCCAGACAUAUCCUUUGUUGUUCAAGUAUUGAGCCAGUUCAUGCAACAUCCUAAAGAGCCACAUAUGGAGGCAGCUCUAAGGGUUGUCAAAUAUGUUAAAGGAAGGCCAGGUCUAGGAAUUUUGCUAAAAGGUGAAGCCACUGAUGAGCUCACAGCAUACUGUGAUUCAGAUAGGGCAGCCUGCCCAAACACUAGGAGAAGCUCUGAAGAAGCAGAAUACAGAAGCAUGGCAGCAGCUGUAGCAGAGCUCAUAUGGAUGAAGGGUCUGUUGGAAGAAUUGGGCAACAAAGUGAAGGAACCUAUACAUCUACAUUGUGACAGUAAGCCAGCAUUACAAAUUGCAGCAAAUCCAAUUUUUCACGAAAGAACAAAAAGCACAUAG